ACCAGUAAGUUUGUCGGCCAGAUCAGGUUUUGUACGUAUCGAGAAGUAAAUAUUUUGUUAAGCAUAUCUAAUAUACUUGGGCUCCUGGAUAGACGUGUUGUGUGACCAUGAACUUGUUUUUCGUAACCGUUGUGCUAAUUUUAAGUGAUCUAGGCUAUACAGAAAACUGUGAAUUAUCUGACUUACCUCCAAAAUCAAACAGUGGAUGCUGUGGUCACGCCGUGAGUGGAGACAAGUCAAGUGGUUCCAUUGCUCGGAUCGGGGAAUAUCCGUGGAUGGGUAGCGUGGAAUAUCGAAAGAAAGACGAUACAAUAAAGUUGCUCUGUGGCGCGGUCCUCAUCAGCGGGAAAUACGUUCUGUCUGCUGCUAGUUGCUUCUCCGCAGCUGCUUUCAAUGUCGGCACGCCAGUACAUAUACGUCUAGGAGAAUACGAUGUCAACAACGGUGGGCCAGACUGUGUAGAGACGGCUACUGGUGGGAAAGAUUGUACUGAUGGAGCCAUCUCCAUACCUAUCGAGAAAUUUACAGUGCAUCCCGACUAUAACAAAAACAACAAUCGUCAGAAUGACAUAGUCUUAAUAAGGCUUGCGAGAAUGGCUCCGUACACAGAUUUCAUCCGUCCAAUCUGCUUGCCGACAUUGGACAUCACACAGAAAGCACCAAAGAAGCUGUACAUGACUGUAGCUGGCUGGGGCGCGGUAAACGCGACAGUGUCUAGAAGCAACGUAUUGCGGCGAGUCCAUGUACCUUAUGUAGAUUUUUAUCUUUGCAGACAUACGUACAACAAAACGCGAUUCAAUCAUCUGCUGUUGUCAAACGGGCAACUUUGCGCGGGCGGUAAGAAUAGAGACUCUUGCCGAGGCGACUCAGGAGGCCCCCUUAUGUUGCUAAAAGGCCAGACUACAGAGCUGGCCGGCAUAGUUAGCUUCGGUCCAACCCCUUGCGGACAAGAAGAUAUUCCUGGAGUGUAUACUAAAGUAUUCGCCUACAAUGAUUGGAUAAAAACUACAAUUGAAAAAGAUGAACCGGCAACGAAGCCAACAGAACCAACAGUAACUACAAAAACGUCAACAGAAAAAGAAUUUGUUUCAGACUUGAUUGUCUUCAGAGAGUAAAAGUG